AUGUGGGCCAAGCCAUCUGUCUCCUGGGGCAAGAAGACUCGCGACUGGUGGGACUGGUUUCCUGAACAGAAAAGAGAUGUUUGGGAAGACCCAAGAUUGGUAAAUGCCGAUCGGAAAGACACCAUGCGAGUUUUCGUCCAAGACCAUAUGGCCAAAUUCAAGGACCGCCUAGGAGACUCGCGGGAAUCUCCUGGAAUUGCCGACUUGGGCCGCUUGACCAUUGCUGAUCCCCACGCCGAAAAAGUCCGCUAUCUUCUGAACGACAGGAUCGGACAUGUUGCUUCUUCCAAGUAUAUGAAACAGGUGAUGACAAAAAGAUCGCUUAGCGCUUCGGAGUUAUCGAAGGCAGGCAGGAGAUCGGUGCUUCUUCAUGGGAUCCCGGGAAACACUGCCAUUGGCAAUGUGGUGGCACAGAUCCGAGGCGGGGCUUUGGAGAAAAUCGUCUACCACAAAACAGCAGACCCGUGUCUCGAAGUGCAUUUCCUCUCAGCCGCCAAAGCCAAUUUGUUCCUCAAGUACGCUACGGAAACAGGCCUUUUUAUGGUCAAUGGGAAACACCUCGAUGUUUCGUGGGCUCAGGUAAGCCGUGAAGAAACACCAUCACAUUUGCCCGCUUAUAUAGUUGAAGAAGUGGAUUAUUUCCAUGCUUCGAGAAUGCUUGUACUCAGCCAGCCAGUGGAAGGAAAAGUGGCCAAAGAUUACAGGAGCAAACGGGUGUACCCUGUUCCGGAAGAGAAUUUCUCAAACGAUUUCGAUGCCGAGAGUGUCAAGUGGGAUUUCCAUCGUUUUGGCACAAUCGUCGAGAUCAUGCCGGUGAUUUCAAAAAAACUCAGCGUAAGCAUUCAGUUUGCCGACAUUCGAAGCGCAGUAAUGGCAAAAAAGGCCUUUGACAAGAAAGAGUCGGCGUUUGCUCACAAGUAUUCUGCCUGGGCACUCAAGUAUGCGAGAGAUCCCACCAACAAGCCAUGUUUUGAGGUCUGA